CCGUCAGAUUUCGUCAGUUUAGACUUUACUACUUUAGACUUAGUGUUGUUCCAAAUGCUGCUGCAACUACAACAAGGUGUUCUCUGCUCAUUGCAUACCAGUAACAAGCAUGCUCCUUUUUUCUCCAUUAAAUCUUCUUUAAUGGAUUCCACCAACUUUACUUCUUCUUCUUCUGUUUCUCUCAAGUCCGUUAAGAGUAAUAUACAUCCUUUUAUCUCUUGUAAAGCUUCAAUUGAAUCUCCUAAUUCUUCAAUCAAGAGUGAGAAUUUGCCUGUUCAUGGUGUGUCUGAAAAGAUUGUGGGUGUUCUGGGAGGUGGCCAGCUCGGUCGCAUGUUAUGCCAAGCUGCUUCAGAAUUGGCCAUCAAAGUAGCAAUUUUGGACCCAUCUCAGAACUGUCCAGCUAGUUCUUUGGCAUAUUAUCAUAUGGUAGGGAGCUUUGAUGAUAGCGCCACAGUUGAGGAAUUUGCAAAGAGAUGCGGAGUUUUGACGGUAGAGAUCGAGCAUGUUGAUGUUGCCACACUUGAUAAACUUGAACAACAAGGAGUUGAUUGCGAACCCAAAGCCUCUACCAUUAGGAUAAUUCAGGACAAAUAUCUUCAAAAGUUACACUUUUCUCGACAUGGAAUCCCUUUGCCUGAGUUUAUGGAGAUAGAUAGUGUUGAAAGUGCCAGGAGGGCUGGAGAGCUAUUUGGCUAUCCUCUUAUGAUUAAAAGUAAAAGGCUUGCCUACGAUGGACGUGGUAAUGCUGUUGCUAAGGGUGAAGAGGAUCUUUCUUCUGCAGUUGCAGCUCUCGGGGGAUAUGAGCGAGGUCUAUAUGUUGAGAAGUGGGCUCCAUUUGUAAAGGAGUUGGCGGUCAUUGUUGCUAGAGGAAGAGACAAUUCUAUCUUGUGCUAUCCUGUUGUUGAAACUAUACACAAGGAAAACAUAUGUCACAUAGUUAAGGCUCCGGCUGUUGUACCAUGGAAAGUAAGAAAACUAGCCACUGAUGUUGCACAUAAAGCUGUAAGUUCGUUGGAAGGAGCAGGCGUCUUUGCAGUAGAAUUGUUUUUGACAGAGGCUGGAGAGAUUCUGCUGAAUGAAGUGGCCCCCAGACCGCAUAAUAGUGGGCAUCAUACUAUCGAAUCUUGUUACACCUCACAGUAUGAGCAACACUUGCGAGCAGUUGUUGGUCUUCCACUUGGUGAUCCAUCAAUGAAGACAAUAGCUGCAAUAAUGUAUAAUAUACUAGGAGAAGAUGAGGGGGAACCUGGUUUCCUUUUAGCUCACGAACUUAUGAGAAGAAGUCUAACUGUGCCAGGGGCUUCAGUUCAUUGGUAUGACAAGUCAGCAGAAAUGAAAAGGCAACGUAAGAUGGGUCACAUCACCAUUGUUGGCUCUUCUAUGGGCAUCGUGGAGGGGCAUCUAAAAUCCUUGCUGAAACAAGACAAAACAGAUGGUGCAAUCUCGGUUCGAGUUGGGAUUAUAAUGGGAUCUGAUUCAGAUCUUCCUGUCAUGAAGGAUGCUUCACGGAUUUUAGAUAUGUUUGGAGUGGAACAUGAGGUGAGAAUUGUUUCUGCUCACAGGACCCCAGAAAUGAUGUUUUCAUAUGCUAAGUCUGCUUGGGAACGAGGUAUCCAAGUCAUCAUUGCUGGUGCUGGUGGUGCAGCACAUUUGCCAGGAAUGGUUGCAGCACUUACUCCUGUGCCAGUAAUUGGUGUUCCUGUACGUGGUUCCUCGAUGGAUGGACUUGAUUCCCUCUUAUCAAUUGUGCAGAUGCCUAGAGGGGUUCCUGUUGCAACAGUUGCAAUAAACAAUGCAACAAAUGCUGGGCUUCUCGCAGUGAGGAUGUUGGGAGUUGGUGAUUCAGAUCUAAAGUCUAGAAUGGCCCAAUAUCUUGAAGAUGCUAGGGAUGAAGUGCUGGUAAAGGCUGAUAGGUUACAUAAAGAUGGUUGGGAAGUGUACUUGAAUAAUUAAGAUGCUUUCUCAUUCAACAUAAAUGCGGAACUGCAUGUUGGAGGUUUAGAUUAGUGUACCUCUGGAAGCAAGUUAUACAACUACUAAAAUCUUAGGAGGAGGUUACUUAUGGUGAUACCAGAUAAAUUACAUAUGUUGUAAACUUUAGAUCUAUUGAUACAGGAAGAAGAAAAUAAAAUAUGUUAUAGAGGGUACAUUACAUUAUUCACAGGGUUAUCCUAACCUUGUAGUUUUGCAUGAUCUAGAAAGACCUUUGGUUCAGAUUUUGUAUUCUUAGUGUUUCAACUGGGUUACCUGUGGUCCAAAGUCUAUAAAAGAUGGGGGUACACCAUGAAAAAGCUAGUACCCCUUGUUACAUCUUC